AUCUGUGGAGUUCAAUCCCGGACCACAGAGACCAGGUGAGAAAUCCGAUUUGAUGCUAGAGGGCAGGCUCCAAGAUUUGAAAUCUGUUGACUUAAAACCGGUUCUGCAGUUACAAGGUGUGCCAUCUUCGGAGUUAACACCAAAAACAAAGCUUCAAAGUGGAGAAUCUGUGGAGUUCCUUAUCAGACCCACGUGGCAAGACCUGAAACCUCUUGAAUUGACUCUAGGUGCAAAGACCCAAGAUGUGAAAUCUUUGGGGUUUGAGUCAGUCCCACGGUUACAAAAUAGGAAACUGCCUAUGUUGACACCAGGAUCACACAUUCAAGGCAUGAAAUCUCUGAAAUUCAGCCCUGGGGCAACGUUGCAAGGUGCAAAAUCUCCUGAGUCUGUAAAGCUUCAAAUGAAAACCACAGAGGUCAACCAGGACCUAGAGUUCCAGGUCGCAAAACCCUCUGAGUUAGCCUUGGAAUCAAAGAUUGGCAAUGUGAGAUCUUCCGAGUUCAAUGCUGGGAAGCAGCGGCAAGAAGAGAAGUCUUGUACGUUGAAACCAUGGCCAGAGCUUCAAAGUGUGAAAUUUGUGCUGUACAACCCUGGACCACAUUGGCAACAUAUAAAAUCUUCAGAAUUGUGCAAAGAGACAAAGCUCCAAGAUGUGAAAUCUGAGGAAUCCAAUCCUGAGCAACAGUGGCAAGAUGUUAAAUCCUCUGAGUUAUGCCAGGGAUCAAAGCUUCAAGGUAUGCCAUCCUUCAAGUUCAAUCCAGGGCCACAGUUACAAGAGAUAAAACCUGAGUUGUGCACAGACAGGAAGCUUCCAUAUGAGCCAGUUCUGGAAACGAAGCAUCAUCCUAAAUUACAAGGUAGGAAAUCCUCUGAAUUUAAUCUAGCCCCACAGCUUCAGUGUAGAAAUGUUAGGGCAUUCAGUACCGGACCACCAUUGAAUGGUGUAAAAUCUGAGUUGAAUUCUGGAUCAGAGCCUCGAGGUAUAAAACCCCAGGUGUUCUGCCCUGGGCCACCUUUGCAGGAUGUGAAUUCUUCUGCAUUUAUUUCAAAACCAAAACUUCAGUGUGUAAAUUCUGUUAAAUGCAAAUCUGAGCCACCCUUGCAAGGUAUAAACCCUUCUGAAUUAACUUCAGUUUCCAAACUUCAAGGUACAAAGUAUUCUGAGUUGAGGUCAGAGACCCCUAGGGAGACAACUAUGGUGUUCAACCCUGAUCCACAUUUGCAAGAUUUGAAAUCCGAAUUGUUUCCAGGGUCAAAGUUUCUUGCUGUAGCACCUAUGGAAUGCAACCCCGGGCCACAGACGAAGUGUGUAAAUUCUUUGAAGUUGGAUCCAGAGCCGAAAGUACAAUGUGCUAAUUCUAUGGGGUAUGAACUUGGGCCACCUUUGCAAGGUAUACAGUCUUUUGAGUUGACUUCAGGGGUUAAAUGUCAAGGUAUGGGAUCUUUGGAUUUGAAUCUGGGGUCAGAAGUUCUAGGUAUAAAAUCUCUUAUGUUCGACCCUGUGCAACAUUUACAAAAUGUGAAACGCGAAUUGAGUCCAGGGACAAAGUUUCAAGGUAUAACAUCACAAGAAUUAAACUGUGGCCCAGAGCUGCAAGGUGUGAAUUCUUCUGAUUUGAAUUUGGGGUCAGAACUUCAAUGCAUAAAUGCUAUAAAGUUUAAUCCAGACCCAGAGAUGCAAGGCAUGAAACCCUCUGACUUGGAUCCUACGUCACAAUAUCAAGGUACAAAAUCUAUUCUGUUCAGCCCUGGACCACAUUUGCAAGGUGUAAAAUCUUCUGAGUUAAUUCCAGGGACAAAGUUUCCAGAAAUCCAGUUUUUGGAGAAUCACUGUGGGUCCCAGCAACAAGUUGUGUACUCAGUGUUCACUUUAGGCUCUUCGCUGAAUGGUAUGAAAUCUGUGUUAUUUUUACCAAAGCCACUGCUUGAAGAUGUAAAGUCUGUGAAGACCAACAAAGAGCCAGUGUCUUGUGGUGGAAAUUCUGUGAAACUGGCUUCAGGCUCUGAGCUGCAGGACUUGAAAUGUGAGAUGUUUGCAGUAGAGCCAUGUUUUACAAAAGUGAAACCUGUGGCGUUAAAUCCAGGGCCACAUGCUCAAGGUAUGAAUUCUGGGGAGUUGCCCUCACACCUCAGGCAGCACAGUGAGAGAUCUGUGGUGUUUGCACCAAAGGUGUGUUUUCAAGAUGUGAAAUCUCUGGCGUUGAAUCCAGGGCCACAACCUCAAGAUGUAAAUUCUAAGGAUUUGAUUUCUUGCCUCAGGCAGAAAUCUAUGGUGUUUGAAUCAGAGCCAUGUUCUCAAGAUGUGACAUCUUUGAAGUCAAAGCUACAGCUACAGCCUCCGAGUGCUAAUUCUUCAGGGUUUCCCUCAUGCCUAAGGUCACCAAGUGUUAAUUCUGAGGUCUUUGCACCGGAACUAUGUUUUCAAGAUGUGAAAUCGGUGGGGUUGACACCAGGGUCCCCACAUCAAGGUAUGAAUUGCCAAGAGUUGACUUCAGGAUGGCAAAGUAUGAAACCAACAGUGUUGGCACCAGAGCCAACUAAGAAGUUCAUGCCAGGACCCAUGGUGCGUAGUGUUAAAUUUUCAAGUUUGUCUCCAGAAUCACAGCGACAAGGUGAGAAACCUUUGGAGUUUACUCCAGAAGCAAAGUUGCAAAGUAUAAAACAUGUGGCAUUGUCUUCAGCAUCUCUGCAACAAGAUAUGAAAUCUGUAGACUUACUACCGGGGUCACUGCUUCCAAGAACAAAAUCUGAGGUACUAACUCCAAGGAGGAGCUAUCAAAUCACAGAUUCCUCGGAGAUAAUCCCUAGGCCGGGGCAUCAAUUUGUAGAAGGUGCAGAGAUGAUCCCAACACCAAAGCCUCAAGUCCCUAAAUCUGUGAAUUUGGUGAUCCCAACACCAAAGCAUCAAGUCUCCAAAUCUGUAAAUGUGAUUUCAGUACCAAUUUAUCAUACCACAGAAAGGUUGGCCUAUCAAGGCAAUGAAACUGUAGAAAAAUCUGUGGGGUUGGCCCCAAAGUCAACAAGUAAAACCACGGAAUCUUCAGGAGUGCCUCUAAGGCUAGAUCUUCAAGCCCCAGAAUCUGUUGAUCUGACUCCUGUGCUAAGGAAUCAAGGCUCUGAAACCUUAGGAUUAACCUUAAAGAAAAUCCCAGAAACUCUCGAGUUGCUCUCUCAGUCAUGGCCUCAAGUUAAGGACUCGGGGGAAUCCUAUACAAGGCCAGUGCAGGAAGUUACAGGAUCUGAAGAGAUGACACUAGAGCCCAAGCAUCACACUACAGAAACUAUAGGGUUGACUCCCAAAGCAAGGCCAACAGAGAAGGAAUUCCUUGGCAUGACCCCAAAGCCAAUAAGUAAAACCACUGGAUAUACAGAGAGCGCUCCACGGCCCUAUCCUCAAGCACUAGAAUUUGCGGAGGCGAUCUCCGAGAAAAGACUGCAAAGGGAAGGAUCAGAAGCACUGACUACAGAGUCAUUACAUCAUGUCCCAGAAUCUUCAGAGAUGACACCAAGGCUAAGAUAUCCAGUUCCUGAAUCUGUGGGUUCAACCUCUAAGCAGUGGCUUCAAAGGGAGGAAUCUUUAGAUUUGUCCCCAAGGCAGACACGUCAAGCUACUGGACAUGCAAAACCUGUAGAGCUCACAUCUGACACACGGCAGCAAGGGGAUGGACCAAUGGGGCUGACACAGUCACAGAAUCAAAGUAUGAAAUAUUCACAGAUAGCUCCAGGACUACAGGGUCAAAUUACAGAGCUUAUGAGGAUUAGUCCAAAGCUGCUCCAUCAAGUCACAGGAUGUACAAAGACACAGCUUCAAGCUGCUCAACCAAUAGGAAUAACCUCAAGAAGCCCCCCAAAAGUUGUUGAAUAUGUGAAAGUGUCUCCUGGGCCACCACUUCAUGCUGUAAAGUCUGUACCAUUAACACCCGGGGGAACCUCUCAAAUGGUAGACUAUGUUGAACUGACUCCAAAAGUACAAGAUGUGAGACCUUCUGAGUUUACCUCAGGGCUAUGGUUGCAAAGUAUAAAAUCAAAGGAAUUAACCACAGAGCCAACACACCAGAUUUUGGAUAGAAUGAAGUUGACAGGCUUUCAAAUUGUAAAGACUCUUUUAAUCCCACGGCCACCACUUCAAAUUGUAAAAUCUGAGGAAUUAGCACCACCACCAAUUCCUCAGAUUGUAGAACCAAUAGGAGUCUCCUUAGGAUCAGCUACGGAAGUAAUGGAUUGUUUGGAUUUCUUCCCAAGGCCACAUCUUCAAGAAAUGGUAGAACUAACUGUGAGGCCAAAUAUCGAAGAGAAAUCGUCAGAAUCACUCUCACAGCCAGCAUUUUCUUUGGAGGAAUCGACAGUGUUCACUCAUGAACAAGGGCUUCAGGCUGUGAAAGGAAUGGGGGUAAAAAUAGGGCCUCCUCAAAUCAUGGAAUGUGAGGAUUUGAAUCUAGUACAGAUAUAUCAGAAUAGGGAAUCUGAGGAUUUUAUGUCAAGAGAGGAGUUACAAAUAGGGAAUUAUUUCUCUAGAUUUCUACAGAACUCUUCAAACUCGCUCAUCUCAAGCUCUGUCGAAGCAUCUGAAUUAGGAAGCCUUUGUGAUCUGGAGAUGCCAGAAGUGUCAAGGGCCUUGGAUAUAAAUAACUUUGGGACAGAUAUUUUGCAGUCUGAAGAAUUCUUUAUAGACCCUACUAUGAUACGAACUUCAACCUUUCCCUUGUCCCUUCACAAUCAACCCUCUGAUGAGAUAGGUCACAUUGUAGAAAUGCCACAUUUUGAGAUCCCAGGAGUGGGUGUCGUAUCUAAGAGGACUGAUAAGAAGCAGGAGGAGAAGCUAGAGAAUUCACUCCAGCGCCUAUCCCAACAUCCACUGCAAAGCUGGAGAUCACCAUCUAGGACCUUCCAGUCAGGAUCAGGAACUCAAAGAGGCCUGAACGGGUCUGUCUUGAGCAGACAACAGAAUGUCUGGGAGAAUCACUCCUGGAGACAGCGAUUACCCAGAAAAUACCUCUCCAAGAUGCUAGUGUUAGGGAAUGUCUUGGGAACCACCAUGGAAAGGAACCUUUGUUCUCAAACAUCUUUACCGGAAAGAGCCACUGCAGAUAUCUGUCAAUCUAUUCAGAAUUUAUUUGGGGUUCCUGCGGAACUGAUGGAACUUUCCAAGAGCCUACUAGAGAAGAGUCGAAGUAGUAUUUCUCAGACUUCAGUGCCCGAAAACUACAUUCAGAGACACACUUCCUAUCAUGGUCACAAACAAAGAAGAGCCUUAAGGAUGUGGACACGUAGCUCCAUGUCCUCCAUAAUACAGCAACACUCUGGGGCUAGUGCGAAAAUAAAGAAAAGUUCGAAGCUUAGUGAUAUAUCCCAGGAAGUCAUUCAGCACAUGCCUGUUUCAUGUACAGAGGGCCAGCCUCCUGUCCCAGUAAAUUUAGAGUCUUCCUUCAAUAUACUUUUUACUAGGAAAGAUUCUGUUCCAAUGGAAGAGAGUAAGACCUCACAGAGUUCACAGACAAGGAUUUUUGAGCCCCAACACUGUCUCAAGCCAAGUUAUCUUCCCCAGGCCAAGACUGACUUGUCAGAACAGUUCCAGUUGCUACAAGAUCUGCGGCUAAAAAUAGCAGCAAAACUGUUAAGGAGUCAGAUACCCCCCAAUGUACCUCCACCUCUAACUUCAGGUGUGGUUUUAAAAUACCCUUUCUGCCUACAGUGUGGCCUAUGUGCAGGACUUAAUUGCCGUCAUCAAUUACAGGGCACUUUGGGGUCUUACCUUCUUAUCUACCCACAGCUCCACCUUGUAAGUACUCCCGAAAACCAUGGAGAGAUUAAGGUGAGUUUUGGCUUUAGGUUGCAAACUAGGAAAAGAUCCCAAGUCCCAAAGUACCACAGAAGAGACAGAUCCAUCACACCAAGGAGUUCUAUAUCACUACCACUAAGGAAAGCUAAAGCCUAUACUCGAGCUUCCAAGAGUCCUACUUCUACAAUGGAUUUCCGGUCUGUAUCUUCCCAGUCUCCUGCUCCUGUACAAGUCCACAUCAGGCAAAGACAGUCUAGAAGCCCUGCCCUAGCAGGAAAGACGAUAAUUGGAGGGCCAGGGCACUAUGAGUUUACUCCAGUUCACUCUCUACCAGAGAGUGACUCUGAAACCGAUCAGGAUGAAACAUGGGCUAAAAGGAGAACCAAAAAGACCCGUAGUUCAAAAUACCCAAAGAAAAGUAUCACUACGGGAGGCAGAACACAAAACACAAAGUUCUGCAGAAAUGGUAGAACCACAAUACGGAGUUCUUCUCGGGAUUUACCAGACCAGUUAAGAAGGAAGAGGAAUGGAGCAUCUCAGACAACUACUGCCUCUUCAAAAAGACAACCUAAGAAAUCCUCCAAACCCAAAUUCAUUCAACGGCUUUUUCAAGGUCUAAAGCAAGCAUUCCAGAGAGCAUGCAGAACUAUGGCUUUUGCUGGACAGAAGCCUGAGGACACGUCAAGGCCAGACCAUUUGUGUUCAAGCAAAAAGCACCAUCCAAAACGAAAAGCCAGAGAUUAUUCCUCAUCAAGAGAUAUCAAAAGAGAUAGGAUGUCAGUUGGUAAGCUAAAGCGAACAGACAUAACCACUAAGCAGGAGAAGAUGUUAUGGGAAGAAAUACAGCAAUUCACAUCAGCUCAUCAACCAAAAAGAGGUAGCUCCUUCCAACAUAGACAUACGCAACAACCCAAGCCCAUAGUUUCCCAAAGAAGUGCUAUUUUCAAAACCACUUCAGUUGGACAGGCUGUGGUCAUUGUUCAAAACGACAACAGCAGCAAAGGUAACAAAAGCUCUACCAGAUGUGAAAUCUCUAGCCAGGAGUCCAAGAGCUCCAAAAUAGGAACCAGAGUUCAGGCCAGAGGGAGAAAUCUACACGGUUCCCUUAAGAGAACCUCACACAGUCACCUAACAGAGAAACUCACACCCACGAAGCAAAACCACCAUAGCAUCAUAAGGGAGAGAACCCCAUAUAAUUCCUCGGAAAAGAGCCAUCGCAGUCCCUCUGAGAGGCGCCAUCGAAGUCAUCCUCGGAGGAGACAUCACAGUUCCUCUGAAAGAAGCCAUCAGAGUCCCUGUGAGAGGAGAUGUCGCAGUCCUUGUGAGAGGAGAUGUCGCAGUCUCUUUCAGAAAACACAUCACAGUCCCUUAGAGGUGAGAGGAUACAGCCCUUCUGAGAGAAGACAGCACAGGCCCUCUGAGAGGAGUGGUCACAGUUCCUCAGAUAGAACUCACUGUAGUCCCUCUGAAAGACAUGGACACAGUCCCUCUGAGAGGAACAGACACAGUCAUUCUGAGAAGAGCCAAGAGAACCAUGUUGAAAGGGGCCAGUACAGUUGGUGUGGGAAAACCCCUCUCUGUGUAUUGGAGGUGAGAGGACACAGCCCUACUGAGGGAAGACAGCACAGGUCCUCUGAGAGGAGUGGUCGCAAUUCCUCAGAGAGAACUCACUGUAGUCCCUCUGAAAAAAAUGGACGCAGUCCCUCUGAGAGGAAAAGACACAGUCAUUCUCAGCAGAGCCAACAGAACCAAUUUGAAAGGGGCCAGUACAGCUCGUGUGGGAAAACCCAUUUCCGUGUCUUGGAGGUGAGAGGACACAGCCCUAUUGAGAGAAGACAGCAAAGGCUCUCUGAGAGGAUUGGUUGCAGUUCCUCAGAGAGAACUCACUGUAGUCCCUCUGAAAGAAAUGGACGCAGUCCCUCUGAGAGGAACAGACACAGUCAUUCUGAGCAGAGCCAGUUAGAAAGGGGCCAGUACAGUUGGUGUGGGAAAACGCAUCUCUCUGCGAGAACCCAUCACAGUCCCGCUAAGGAGAGACUCCAACACAGCUGCCCCAGGAAGAGGCUCAGACAUGGUCUGUCUGAAGAUUGCAAGGGCUCCUCAAACACGUCUCCUAGGGACCACACACAAAAUACUCCAAAACAGGCCAAGUUUAGAGGCCUGAAGCUAACACAUGAGAAGAGAUUCGUCCCCAUUAUUCACUGACUGGAUCAAGCCUUCACCGACCUGCCCCUUUUGUGGCUUCUUUCCAGCUUGGCCACUGCCUUUGAUACCAGCACCCUCAGCAAUCAGAGCCUCUAUGCCGCUCUACCUGGGGGAAGGGAGGUGGGAAUGGGUCUGUAAUUUCUCUAAGUAAAUAAAGGGGCGAUAAUUGAUCUCCACCUAGACAGCCCACUCUUCAUGCUGGAGGGGGGAACGGAGGCUGAAGGGAUAUUGGGUGUCGCGCAAAGGGAUGGAAUGGGAGGAAGGGGCCCUGAAGCCAUGUUUGGGGCUCUAAACCCCACCUACAGCUUACCGGGGCGGGGUCUCAGAGGAGGGAGUCG